AUGGCUCAAUGUCAAAACUGUCAAGUUGACAUUUUAACUUUGGUAUUGGCAAUUGUCUACACACAUCAUUUAAACUUGGGUACCCUUGGCGUUUUUCUGUUACUUUAUUUCCCAGGUAAAAUGACGUUACUACUCAAGAGCGUUUGGCGUAAUGUCUUAAGAAAUCGUCCAUUGAGCAACUCAACUUUAAGAUCAAGUCUCUCCUCCAGUAUAUCAGAGAUGACCUUAACAAAGCCACCUGAUGCUUUAAUGAUGACUAUUAAGUCUGCUCCCAGCACUGCAGAUGUACUAGCUACAGUUCAAAAUAACUUACGGUCCCUGACUCACAGGCAUAUGUUGCAAGCACUGCGCACAUUGUUUGAAAUCCAAAGAUCAAGCAGCAAUGAUCCUGAGUCAUUAAUAAAAGAUCCAGGCUUUGGUGUUUUGUGCCAAAAUUUUAAGAAACAUGCGCGCGCAUUAGAAGUCAAUGAAACUAUUGAGGCUAUAAAAUUCUUAUCAUAUCUUGGUGUUCCUGUUGAAUCUCUCCUUGUACAAACUCUUUUACAGCUCCUCAGAUAUAAUAUAAAUAUGAUCAAUAUUCGUCAGAUUAUGUUCAUUGACUUUAUUUUAUCCAAAUUUAACACGAAAAAUCAUUUGGUUGAUGCUUUAAAAUUGGCUUUACCUCUUGCUUUCCAAAUCCAUCUUCCCUUGGAAUUAGAUAACCAAGAUUUACCCUUGCUACGAGAGAUGCUUAUGUAUUCAUGUUCUCAUGACUUACCUGACAGAUGUAUUAAUAAUAUAGUAACAAGUCUACUUUUACAUGAUCAAGCAAUUGAUGCCCACAUGGCUAGGUCUAUUAUAUGGUCACUGUGUGACAUUAAUUGUACAGAAAAAGUUUACCCUACUCGAGUGCAAUUAUUACAUAUAUGUUGUGAUAUAUUAUCAGAGAGAAUAAAUAAGUUGUCUUACGAAGAUGUGUUAAGGACUGCUGCAAAGUUGAAAGGAAGAAUUGUAGAGAAGCAUCCAGAAUAUUAUCACCAGGAACUAAUGGAUUCUAUAGCGGGUUAUGUGAUAAAGAAUAGCGUGCCUUUCGAAAAGGGACUUUUAGUUGCAAGGGUUCUCUCAAGAAUUGCACACACAAACUUGGCUUUGAUAGAAUAUUUAUGCGAACAAGCAUCGUGUGAGCCAAAGACAUUAUCUAAUGCCAGAACGAAUGUACUGUUUGCAUUCAUAAAUUGUUUGUCCAAUAAUAAUUAUACCCCAGAAGGUGCUCAAUGGGACGAGAUUAAACGCCAAAUCUCAAUAAAUCCAAUCUUGAAUGCGAACACCACAGCUCUGCCUUGGGGCAAAGUGUGUUUGGAGUUAGCUUCCCUGGGGAUAUAUGAUGAUAGACUGCUGAAAAAAGUUUUUUCAGCAGAGUUUUUAGAUAUAUACUUGGCGAGGGAGAAGAAUGAUUUAGAUUAUUUACAAUUACUGACGUUGCACGAAGCUGUGCACGCCUUUCACAGUGAUAAGUACAACUUGCCACCUGAAAUUCUGGACAGAGCGAAAAGCUCGUACCCGACUCACGCGCUGAGCGAGGAAUUGGAGAGAUACCUGAUAAGGGGGCUUGGCAGUCAAGAAUACUCUGUGAGGAAUGUAGUGCUCCCUAGCGGAAUUGUUGCUGACAUUGUGAUGUGUAUGAAGAACGGUCAUCCAGUGAAGUUGCCAGCGUUGAGUAGUGACAAGAAAGUGCCGCUUGAACACCUAAAUGUACCACCAGGAGCUAUCGUUGUUUGUCUCAUGAACUUCAACUACGGAUGCUUUUCCAUGAAUAGUAACCGAUUGCGCGGGACUUUCCGCUUAAUUGUGGACAUUCUGGAGAAGCAAGGUUAUUGGACGGUUGCGUUCAACGUCAGCGAGUGGUUAACUGCCCCAGGGCACGAAAGGACGCCUUAUAUCAUUCGCGAAAUCAACUAUAGGUGCGGUGAAAUCGGCAUGAAGCUAUCGGCGACUUGA